GGGGUCAUGUCAGUCAGCCACUUCCUGGACGGGAGGGGAGAACAGCGGGACGAUCGUCUGCACUGGGCGGCAUGGAAAAAUAACCUCCCCGUUCCCUACCAACCCCCAACAACCCCGCUCUGCUUGGAUAGAAUGUUCCUGCAACGCUGAGUUUUACCCAAAGUCUAUUUGCUUGCUAGGAGAGUUGUGAGGAAGCGUCAGCAAUGGAGGAUCUGAUGUCUGAAGCCCAGAAGCCCAAGAUCACCUGUUACACCUGUCGACAGCCCUGUGCAGGGGAGGUGCUCAGGGUGCAGGACAAGCACUUCCACAUCACCUGCUUCGUCUGCAGAGUUUGCCGCCGUCAGCUGGCCACGGACGGGUUCUUCGUGAAGGAUGGGAUGUACUACUGCACACGGGACUACCAGGAGAUGUUCGGCACCAAGUGCCACGGCUGCGGAGACUACGUGGAGGGGGAGGUGGUCACCGCCCUGGGGAAGACCUACCACCAGAAGUGCUUUGUCUGCUCACGAUGCAGGCAACCCUUCCCUCCAGGAGACAGAGUGACGUUCAAUGGGAGGGACUGUCUGUGUAAAUUCUGCAUCACCCCCAACGCUGGUCCAAAUCGUGGGAUGCCGGCCUCCACUGCCUGUGCGGGAUGUGGAGAUGAAAUCAAGUCGGGACAAGCCUUGCUCGCUCUGGAUAAACAGUGGCAUCUGUGGUGCUUCAAGUGCACCCAGUGUGGUUGUAUGCUGGCUGGAGAAUAUAUGGGAAAAGAGGGUCGUCCAUACUGUGAGCGUGACUACCAACAACUGUUUGGUGUGAAGUGUGCCGGGUGUCUCACCUAUAUCACAGGGAAGGUUUUGCAGUUGAGUGUGGAGGCAGUGUUGCAGGAUGAUGGGAGCUUCUCUGAGGCAGGAGAGAAGCAUUAUCACCCCCACUGUGCAAAAUGUGCCAAGUGUGGGCUGAUGUUUGGGGAGGGUGAGGAGAUGUACUUGCAAGAUAACCAGAUUUGGCAUCCAGAUUGUAGCAAGGCUGCCCACGCUAAUGGUGUAAAAGACCAGUAUUGGAGGCAUCAGGACUACCGAGUUCCCAAGCAAAACUACUAUCCUAUCAAGCAAAUAGCCGAGAAACUGGGCAACAAGUCCCCACCAUACAGGGCUAAGUACCCCAAGUCCUCUCCCCGGUGUCCCCAGUACAUUCUGCAGACUCCUCCUAAAUCUCCACUCAAACUCAGGAGACAGGUUCCUACAGCACCCAUGUUGAAGCAAAAGAACUCUCCAGCUCCAAAGAACAGGAUGUACAUGGGAAGUUACCUCAAUAAGCCCCAGGGCAUGCAGCGGGCUAGUGGGGACCCAAAGGACCCCAAGCAGAAACACUUUCACACACCAGAGAGUGCUUUCUCCUACCGAUACCGACCCAGAGUUAUUGAGAGAGACACCUUAUCCUUCCCUACAGUAGUUUACUCCCAAAGUGCAUACUUCGAUGAAAGCGAGGAUAAGAAGAAGACGGCCAAGCUCGAUGACGACAUCGUCCAGGCAACUCGCUACCCCAGCGGGUUCCGCCCUCAACCAGACUUCCCAUCCAGAAUCGAGCGAGACGAUUGGCCAGGACCUCCCUCUCCUGCUGCCACAGCGGUGAAGGCUCGUAGCACGGAGGUUAGUCGUGAGGAUAUUAUCAGGAGCAUGAGAAUGCCUGCGGGGUCUCCCAGUGUAGGCAGCAGGGGGGACAGCUGUUCACCUCCGACCUCUCCAUUCAGAGAAGCCUCCUCUCCAUGGCUCAGUAGUCCUGUGCCGUAUGAGCCAGCCCCCUUGAGUCAGGGGUUUAUAGCCAGUCUGCAGAGGUUUCCUUCGGGUAAGAGUCCCACAGAGACAGAUGAUGUUUUCUGGCCUCCACAGGAGGCUGAAGAUGAAGAAGACAUUUUCCUAAAAAAUGUUAUAAAGCAACAACGUUUCCCAUCCGCCACGGGCCCAGAGGAUUCUGAGUAUGAAAAUUCCUAUUCCAUGGGAAGGAAGACACUGGGUUCUGUCUAUUCACCAUCAACAAGUGUUGGCAAGUCAGUAGGCCGUGUAGAUGUAAUAAAAAUGCAGCGAACACCGGCUGCCCGACCUAAGACCCCAGAAGACCUGUUACCUGUGGAGAAGGAUGAUUGGCCUGCGCCACACGCCGACUUCUACUACGGGCGACUAAGACGCUCCACUUCCCCGCUGGAAGACCUUGAUCGGCGCCGUGAGCAGGAACACAAGAAGGUUGUGGAAGAGUGUCAGUCUGGGCUCGGCAAGAUGAUCCUGAAAGACAUGAAACCUGCAGACAUCGGAGACAUGGACCCGCGCAGCGCUUCUCGAGUCCCGGCCGCCGACCACGAACCACCGUUCAAACCAAGAUACGACUCCCCCGUGGACGCUUCGCCCUCCAGGACCUAUGUGUCCCCCAUGGAGGAGAAUGCAGACAUGUCGCCAAGACAACCGAACUACGCCCCGCCCGGCGGGUACCUGGAAGCACAGAAGAAGGCGUCGACACUCCCCUCAGCUUCACGUCCAGGGAUGCGAGGUGCUGAUCAUGGUAGCAGCCCUGAUUUGCCUGAUUUUGAGGCUACCUACACCUCCACCACGUUCAUUUCGCUCCAAAAGAAGCCUCAUACUACGGAGAAUGGCCUGACAAAUGGCCUGUCUGGGCCAUACUGGGACAAUGAGGCUCCUGGGGCACUGCACAGUAAAUCAUCAGAGUCGAGCUUGGACCGGAGCUCAGCAUACUCCAGCUCACCUGUGCGCUCACGGGAGGUGUCGGGCAGUGAUUUGGGGUCACUGCAGAGAAGUAAAGGUCAGUCACUUCCAGACAUGGGCCCACCCAAGAUAUACCCAGUGGUGGAGCUACUGACAACAAACUAUAAACUUCCCCCAGAUGUGGACAGAUCCAAGCUAGAGAAUCACAUGUCAGACGCAGAUUUUGACGCAGUGUUCCACAUGUCCAGAGAUGAGUUCAGCAGGCUGGCAGCAUGGAGGAGAACAGAGCUGAAGAAACGUGCUCAUCUAUUUUGACACAGACUUUCCCACGCACUCCUUUGUGUGUUUCACUUGUAGACAGGAUUAUACUACCACCAGCAUUGUGUUCAUCUCAGCUGUUAGGUAUCUGCCUCAAAAGAACAAAAAACACCACCAGUAUUUAGAAAACAGAUGUGGUUCUAAGCUCAAUCUUUCUAUGAAAAGUUGAAGGAAAAGUGGGCAUUUAGAUGGUAGUGCUUUGAUUAGAGGAGUUCAAUGAAGCAGACAGAAUCGUGCUGAAUGCAGUGUGAGAUAAGUGUAGUGUGCAAGCUUGUGUAGGUAUACACAGGCAACAAAUUCAAGGGACAGUGUCAUGUUAAUAUGUUAUUAGCACAGAUCAUUUCACUGGUAAACUUGUUGAUUUAGUCUAUGUGUUUUUACAGGAAUGCUAUUCUGCAACAUUUGAAAUGAUCCAAAAUACAAUGAUGGAGUAGAAGUAACAAGAAGUGAAGGAUCACUAAGACAUAAAAACUAAUAGCUCGAGAUUGUUAGACCUACAACAUCUGGAAUGUCAGCUAUGUAAAAAUAGUUGUUACAUUCACUGUCAUUUCCCUCUGUCAUUGUGAUAGUCAUCAAAACAAGGAUGACAUCAGAAAACACUUUAGUAUUAUGUAUGAAAAUGGAACUUCUCAGUGAAGGCCAAAUAAGAACAUCAGUUGUAGCAUGAAAGGAUAGAGCCUAUUUUAGUCAACUUGUGUCAAACUUAUUUUUACAUUUCUAGCAUUUCUGUUAUUAUUGAUGAUGGCAAUGUAUAGUCAUAUAUAAUUAUAUAUGUGUGUAAUAUGUGUAAUCAAAUUAUAUAUAAUCAUUAAGAUCAUUUGCAUUUGUUUAACAGGUGCUGUUACAUUAAUGAUACGACUUACAAGUGUGUCAGUUGUAUGUUGAUAAUAUAUAUUACGUAUAUACAAUAAUUCUAGAGAAAGCAGAGUCUGCCUAAAUUUGCUCUCUGUUAAUCUAACCAGUCCUAAGUGUCAAAAGCAUUGCUACCUCUUGUUUAAAAAUAUUACUUUAACUUUUCUUUGAAAAGUAGUUCAACAUGUAAGCAGAAUAUGUUAUGAUACCAUUAGACCCUCAGCCAAUAGGGAAACACUUGCCCCACCAUUGUUAGCAUUUACUAUAUUAUAACACAGAUACACAAACAUAGGGCCUCAAGGUAUUUGCAAUACAUGUUAAAUACAUGUUUGAACUUUAAUGUUUAUUUUGCUACGUUUUCAGUGAAGUAAUAGCAAAUAUGUGAGAUUGGGCCUGGUAGACUGAUGGUGAACAUGACAGUUAUUAUCUCAUGUAAUUAAACUAUGGAUCGUGUUGUACAUUGUAAAACUCGUCCUUAAGUUACCACCGAGGAGUAGGUAAGAAAGGUUAGCUCCUGCUGUCAGUCUUUUAUAGGUCAACCCUUUUUAACCUUCUCAGUGCUAUAAUCCUUAGCAGUACAAACUAGUGGGAAAAUUUGUCCUUACUAUGUGUAUAUGAGGGUUAAGGGAUCUGUAAAAUCUGAUCAGAACUUGCCUAUGUGUCUAAAGGCUAAAUUCUUUAUCAAAACUUGGCAUAUUCUGUUUGAAGAUCCUUUUUUUUUACAAUGAAAAUGUCAUCUUUUUAGUUGUAUAACAUUUACUUCAGAGAACUUUAUCUGCAGUUCCCAUUGAAAUUUAUAUUCCUGCAUUGAAAGGGAUUCAUUUCAAUAGUGGAAAAAGUAGUCUUACCUUGGUCAAAGUUCUACAGAAAAACAUGGUGAGAGUGAAGGAUAUAGGGUAAGGUUGUCGCAGUGUCCCUAUCUCUAGAUAUUGACGAAUAUCAGCAGCUACUCCACACAAUACAAAAGGAAACUUAUUAUGCUAUGCUUAUUUAUGAAUACAGGAUAUACAAAGGAGAACCAAUUAUGGAAACCCUUAUAGAACAACGUGACAUGUAGCUACAGGUUUAUUGAGGUGGCCUAUAAUUGUGAAACUGGAUCAGACUUCAGAAAAAAAACUGACUGAUUUCUCUUAGGAACAACUUGUACCCAGGCAAUGGUGGGACAUUGGAGGAUUGUUUGCACCUCUCUAGGUCCUAGUACACUUACUGGUUCGUUAGUGUUAUAAGGGUUGUGGGCAGGGCAGGAAAGAAGGAGGGAGGAGACAUAAAAAGGGACGUGUCAAAAUAGCAACAAAAAAAUAAAAAAGCACAUUUCUGUGCAGACAAAAAAACAGACACUAUAAGGCAAGGACAGUUUUUGACUCGCAGACUCAGAAGUUCAAAAUCGGUAUUUUAACUUCCGCAGUCAAUUUUCAGUUGAUUUUUAUAUUUUAAUGCAGAGUAAGCUUGAGUCAUCUGGUGGGACUUUAUAGCGUCACCAGAUGAAUGAAAUGAAAUGAACUGAAGCUUGAGUCUUGACUUUAUGACUUUUGGACAUAGAUAGGAAAGGAUUACAAAACUAUUUGUAACAUUUUUUUUCCACAUGGUAUUUGUGGUUGUCAUAUGAAAUAAGAAUAGUUGUCGCUGUGGGCAAAAACCUGUUGCUACUUUACAAGUACAGAGCCAGACCGAACAUCAAAUGUAGAUGUUUGUAGACCUGCAUGCCUUCCAACUUGUCCUCCCUUGUAAAUCAUAAGCCCCCCUCCCCCCUCCAUGUCUUGAUCCCAUGUACUUCUCUGUUAGAAGAGCUGACUGUACCUUGAUGUCAAACCUCUUCAGUCAUAAACAUCACAGCAUAGCCUGCCUUAUAGCUAUCUGCUAUGCACCAUGGUCAUAUCUUCAUAGCAGAAAUAUCAAUCUUUUUUAACUUGUGUCCAAUGCAAUUAUUCUCACCUCACAUAACAAUGUCAUAUGUCAUUUACUGUGUCUGGACAGAUAGUUGAGUUGGUGAGGUCCUGGGGAAGUCAAGACGAGUGUUGGCUGUAGCUAACAUGGAGACAGUCAAUUUUUAUGUGUUUUUUUUCAAAAUCUAGGUUUUUGCUUUGGCUUGCUGCAAUGUGAAAAUACAGUGUGAUCAAAUAAUGCCAAUUAUUAUGUGUUGUUUUAUAUUUAAAUGAUAUCGCAAUUAUAUGUUUUAAAAAGGUAUUGUUGUAGUUUUACUAAUUACAAGGCAAUUCGCAUGCACACUGAAGAUUCACGUUUAUAAUGCAUUGUUGAUCAGAAGACAAAAAACAACAUGCCCUACUAGCAGUGUGUGUGGUCGUAAGACUUUGUUGCAUAGCCGUUCAUAUAUUUACCUUUCAAAGACUGAACAAGUGAAACUUACUGACUGGUAAGACCCCUGUUCCCUUGUAUUGCUCCAUUUCAAUGUAAGGCCAAUAAACAAUGCUUCCAACUCAA